CCUUAUUCGAUUGAAGAAAUGCAUUAUGGGAAAUCUGACCCCAGUUCUAUGAUUCCUGUUUUAGCGACUCCCAUGAAUUAUAUGCAUUUGCAAUUAACUAACUUCACGAUGUUGUACGUAAACAUAAUAACGUAACCUCUAUUUUGUGUUUACGUAGAAAUAAUACCCUUUGCAAUAAAUAUUUCAUGUGCUUUAGUUGAUAUAAUGUCGAAAGUGAAAAAAAAGGGCCAACGGUGUUGUGUACCAGGUUGUCAAUCUGAUACAAUCGCAAACCGGAAUGUAUCAUUCCAUACAUUUCCAAAAGACUCUAGUGAAAAACAGAUUUGGAUUAAUCGAAUUAAUAGAGUUGGAAAUCGUGGUAAAUAUUCUUUGUGGCAACCCACACAAUACCAUCGCAUCUGCGGUUUACAUUUUAAUAAAUCUGGAAAAAGGAGAUAUGAGGACAAAUAUCCUAUUUAUUUUAAACACAAGACAUAUGAACGAUUACAAUUAGUACCAUCAUCAUAUGAAGCGAUCCAAAAUGUACAAUAUGAAGAGAUUGUUCCACACUGCGAAUUUGAAGGUAAUAUGCAGCAGGAACCCACGUUGCCUAUUCAACAAGCGUCGCCGCAUGGGCCCACUUUGCAAAUUCAACAAACACCACGAUACACUUACAAACAAAUGCCUUUUAAAACAAUGCUACCAUCUAUCACGGACAGUGUGACGGCAAGUAACGACCACAACUAUGGCCUUCCUUAUAUGUGUGGAGAAGAAGUGUCUGCUUUAAUUAAAACCAUGAAUGAAGAAAUAUUACUUUUAAAAGAACAGCUUGCAAAAUGCACCUGUAUGGAAAGAAACAGAGAGCUCAUCAAUAUCCAAAAUGAGUUAGAGACGCAAAGAAAAAAGAAUAUUAACGUAAGGCUAAAACUGCAAAUAUUAGAACAUCAAAUGAAGAGCUGUAGACAAGCAAUAAGUUUUAAUUUAUCAAACAUACUUAAUAAUGAACAAAUGUUAAAGUUUUAUACUGGUUUCAAAAGUGUAAAUAGAUUUAAAAUUUUGUUAAAGUUCAUGUAUUUGCCAUACAGAAAAGCAAAACGUAACAUUCCAGGCAGACCCUCUUCGCUCUCAUAUAAGGAACAAGCACUGGUAUUUUGCUGUAGGUUACGGUUAGGCUUAUUAGAACAAGACCUGGCCUACCGAUUUUGUAUAAGCCAAAGUGCAAUAAGUAAGAUUGUGAUUUUUUGGAUAAAUUUGUGCAGUGUGACAUUAAACCAAAUUAAUAUAUGGCCAAGUAAAGAUUUAGUUUGUAAGUAUAUGCCUAUAUCAUUUAAAAAUAAAUAUCCAACCACAAGGGUGGUGAUCGAUAGUACCGAAUUAUUUAUAGAAAUGCCCUCAGAUUUUAUUGUUCAAAGUUACACUUAUUCACAAUAUAAAUCUCAUAAUACGGCCAAAGGAUUGUUAGGUAUUACCCCUAAUGGUUUUGUAUCCUUUAUCUCAGAUUUGUAUCCCGGGAGGAGUAGUGAUAAGGAAAUAUUCAACAGUUGUGGCAUUUUACAAUUGUUAGAACCUGGCGAUUCAGUUAUGGCCGACAAAGGGUAUGUCAUUCGUGACGAAUUGGAGGCACGUGGAGUUGCAUUAAAUAUACCACCUUUCCUUGCAUCAGAUUCGAAACAAUUUUCUCCAGCAGAUGUAGAGAAAACAAAAGAAAUUGCAUCGUUACGAAUUCAUGUAGAAAGAGUAAUAAGCGAAAUUAAAACCUUCAGAAUUUUAAAAUUUGUGUUUCCGAAUAGUGCACAUUGCAGUUUAAACCAAAUUUGGAAAAUUUGUUGCCAUUUGCAGAACUUUAUUAAUGAACCUUUACUUAAUAGAAAAGUAUGCAACAUAAAUAGAAAUAAGUAAUCUACAGUUAGGCUUAAUAUAUAGACAUAGAUACUACACAAUACUUUAACAUUACAAACUAGAAUUAAAUAAAAUAAUACACAUAAGUAAUAUAAUAAAAAUAGGUGUGAACAUUACAAAUUACAAGAUUUAUCAAAAUGUAAAAAAUAAAAUUUCGUUAAACUUGGUAACAUUAAUGUUUUCCAUAAAUGUGGAUCAAAACUGAUUCUUUCAAUAAAAAAACUACUUCCACUAUCAACCACUAAAUCGCAUUCGAAAAUACCACUUAAAGCCAUUUGACCCUGAACUUGAAAAUGCUGCUUACUGUUCUGUUUUAAUGCAAUGUGAUUAUUUUCGUUAAAAUAAAGAUAGUUGCAAUAA